AUGUACAUGCUGGUGGAGACGCUCUCCAGCUCCCGCCUCCACCUGAAGAGGGCGCCGGGCAUCCGGUCCUGGUCCCUGCUGGUCGGAAUCCUGUCCAUUGGCCUGGCGGCUGCCUACUACAGUGCAGACAGCCUGGGCUGGAAGAUCUUCUACGUCACCGGCUGCCUGUUCGUGGCCGUGCAGAACCUGGAGGACUGGGAGGAAGCCAUCUUCGACAAGAGCACCGGCAAGGUCGUGCUGAAGACGUUCAGCCUGUACAAGAAGCUGCUGACCCUCCUCCGAGCAGGCCACGACCAGGUGGUGGUCCUGCUGAACGACAUCCGGGACGUGAACGUGGAGGAGGAGAAGGUGCGCUACUUCGGGAAGGGCUACGUGGUGGUGCUGCGCUUCUCCACCGGCUUCUCCCACCCCCUCACCCAGAGCGCCGUCAUGGGCCACCACAGUGACGUGGAGGCCAUUGCCAGGCUCAUCACCAGCUUCCUGGACCUGCACCGCCCAGAGAGCCCCGAGGAGCUGUCUCCGAGCAGCGACAGCGAGGCCGAGGGCCCCGCCGAGCAGGGCUGA